ACAAUCAUUUUAUCUAUUUCUUCCCUAAGAUAAUCAUAAGCUCAUUCUCUUCCUCCAUCUAUAUAACAAAUCUAAAAGCUGCAGAGCUCCAGAGAAAAAAAGAAGAAGAUAGAACAGCAUGGGUUCUAGUUCUACUACUUCUGCUACAUUCUCCUUAGUUAUUCUUCUGGUGCUUCUUCUGCAGCAUGAUCGUUUUGCGAGUGCAGACUCUAGCUUGAUCCAGAAGACCUGCAAAGCCACCAAGUACUAUGCCCUUUGCAUGUCAUCCCUCAAGUCCGAUCCCACCAGCCUAACCGCCGACGGCAAGGGCUUGGCAGCUAUUAUCAUCGAAAUUGCCACCGCAAAUGCCACCGCAACCUCUUCUUAUUUGUCCUCCCAAGUGCUCAGCUCGGCCAACGACGCCAACGCAAAAAAGGUGCUGAAGGAGUGUGAUGACAAGUAUGGCUACGCCGGCGAAGCCCUGCAGGGUUCACUGCAGGACCUGGCUGCGGAGUCUUAUGACUACGCUUACAUGCACAUAAAUGCAGCUGCCGACUACCCUAAUGCUUGCCACAAUGCGUUUAGGAGUUUCCCGGCGUUGGUUUAUCCACCGGAGCUGGCAAGAAGAGAGGAUGCUUUGAAGCGGAUUUGUGCAGUUGUUUUGGGAAUUAUCGAUAGUUUUGGCUGGGAUUAGUGUACUGAUUGCCUAGCAAGCUCGUGUACACGUUGCUAAUUAAGCUAUUUCAAAUUUUCAAUAAUGCAUAACAUUCUGAAGAUC